AUGGGUAUUCAUUUUAGUAUGCAUUUUAGAUAUCCACUUGAAUGGAUAUCGUGACUGGUAUGUCGACGAUACCCAGUGUUAGGAUAUUAUGACAUCUCUGCACUAGUAUCACUCUAGAUUUUGUUUCUCAAAACGUUGUUUUAAUUUCAAUAUUUUUAUGCCAUUUUGUAGCGUUUGAAAUUCUCUAUCGAAUGCUAUGUUGAAAUAUACUUUUGAAUAUCAACAUAAAACUGAAAACACAACUGAAAGUCAUUGGAGUGUAAAUAAAAGCUGUCUACACCCUAGUAUUCACUACAAAAUGGUACGCAAAUAGAGGUGUCAACCGUGCGGCUGAACCGCCGUGGUAGCCGAGUUUUCUAUAAUAUCAGCCACCACCGCCAUCAAACUGCUGGUAAUUUUAAGAAUUUUUGGGGAGCCGCCGCUGCGAAAAAACAAGUUUAGCCGUUGCGCCGCUGCAAGGGAUAAAAAUUUUUGGUAACAUCAUUCACCGCCGCUGACAUCAAUACAUAUGCGACCGAAUCGAACAUUUUUCUUUUAAUUUCCAUCAGCGAAUUUUUAACUCAGCCGCCGCCGUCACAUAAGAGCUUGCAAAUAUCAACCGAUGCCGCCGCUGUGGAAAAAAAUUUAAGAAUUUAUAGCAGCCGCCGCUGAAGACAUUAUUCAUUCAAAUAACGAGCCGCUGGAAAUCUUUAAAAAUUGAAAAUUUUUGCCCGCCCCCGCCGUUCAACCCUUCGGCUGACACCUCUAUACGCAAAGAUUUUUCUUUCAAGCUCGUUUAAAAUGUGUCAGAUAGAGGGAAGAAUUCUCAAUCGAUUCAUAUCUAAAAAUUUUUGUUUCGCUUUUACUUUAUGUGCAGAGUCAGUUUAAUACUAGAUGCGCCCAGGGGUGAGUUUUUAAUAAAAAAUCUGGUCUUGAUUUGAUUAUAAUUCGGGAUAGACAAAUCAGAAAAACGUAAAAACUGGAGGAUAUACGUAAAAAAAUAUGCUCGAUCAGAUGAGCCUACUAAAUCGAAAAACCAGAAACCGCGAGCCCCCCUUAAGAAUCACUUUUUUGUUUAAACUCGAAAAAAAUUCGAAAAACGGUCUAUUUGUUAUACGUAUUUUUACAUUGAAUAUUUUCGAUGAUGUGAUGAAUGAUAUCAACUCGUUCCAUCUAUAAACGAUCUUUGCUAUUAGCUCUAUUCUUUCAACUGACGCGCCUAUACUUAUGGAAUGAGAGUUUUUAACGAAAUAAGCAUAACCAGUGUUUCCAACAUAACUAACAUUGCUUUUAACCCAUCAAUUGAAUGAAAUCGAUAGAACUAUCACUUCUGCACAUAUGCAUUGUAUUUCUUCAUUCUUAAACUGAUUUCUUUAAUUACAAGACAGUGAUCUGUGAAGCAAGGUAAAACAAGUCGUCGUCGGGUCGGGAGCUGUCUCUUUUUUAUUCGGAGAACAUUUUUAUGGGAAACAAACCUCAUAUUCGUGAUCAGCGUACUGAAUAAGCUAUGUCUAGAUCAAACUUCGGAAAAAAAGAGAAAAAAAAAUUUGGUUUUCGGGAGGGUGACCAACGGAAAAUGAUUUUGCAAAAAAACAAAACAUUUUUAUUUUCCAAAAGAAAGUACACUAUUUUGUUCAGAAUUUUAUACUGAUUCCAACCAGGUAACUAUUUUUUCAGAAAAUAGUUCGGUCGAAAAAUGACCUUACCGCCACUUGUCUUUUCUCGAAAAACAAGACAGUACGGUUUAGUAUUUUUUCGAUAAAUCCCUUAAAAUCGAACCUUUUUAAAAAAACCUAUAUAUAUUCUGAAAGAGGAGACUUUGAGGCAUCUACCCGUGAUAAAAACUCAAACUUUAAUCUUUUCGAAAAAAUCGACUUUUUUAAGGGGUGGGGGUCCCCCUAACGAAAGGCACACAUCUAAGCUCACAUCGACACUCACCCACAUCCUAGAAACGAAUCUAUUGAAAAUAAAUAUUAUUUUUGUUUUUAAAUAAAAUUUAGAUAAACGUUGGGAAAAGGCUUGCCAAGAAAAAAAUACAAGUUUACAUUUAAUUAAAUCAAUGGAACUUGAUUUAGAUGUUGGUAAAUGUAUUUAUAGUGAUGAUGCUGUUUUACCUGCUUGGAAAGUUGCUGGAAGCCUUCCUAAUGUAGAAUUACGUUUAUCAGAUAAACGUUUAUGUCAAAUAAUAAAUAAUAUUCAAUUAAUUCCAUUUCCUGAAUCAAAAAAUCCAGUUAUUCUUGGACCACCGAUAGAACCAGAAUCGACACUAAUACAAUCUUUAUCGAAUAAUCCUGAACAAACAUUAGAAGCAGUUGAAGGAAUGAUACCAGUUAAGAAAACUAAAGAAAAAGUUGAAGCAGAAGAAAAUAAAGUAAAAGAAAUUAAUAAUACAGAUACAAAUGAAAAAAAAAUGUUAGAUUUACAUAUUGAUGAAGGUGCAAAUGAAAAUAAUGAAGAUAAACCAUUUUUUCGUUUAACACUCGAAUCGAUCGUUGCUAAAACAAAAAUAAAAACUUUUGAUAUGGAAUUUGAUGCAUCAUUAGCUAAUUCAGUUGUCUAUCAUGAACAAUUUAUUGGCAAAGAUAAUCAACAAUUACGUUUAUUAUCAGCUCAAUUAGAACAAAUAAAUAAUGAUGAAAAUCAAAAAUUAGUUAGUUUGAAUUUUCUUCAUACAUCAUCAGAAAAUCCAUUAUUUUUAUCGCCAACUUAUAAUGGAAUUGAAAAUAGAGCUCAUGUUCAUUUUAAUGUUCCAGCAGGACUGUCACUUAAAAUUGAUGCCGAUUUAGAAGAAUUUCGAAUAAUCCUUGCAUCAAAACAAGCAAAAUUAUUUGAUAUACAAGUUCAAGGUGUCAAAGCUUAUGUAUCACAAGCACCAGAGAAGACUUUAGUCAAUUUAAUUCUAUCUGAUUUACUACGUGUUUUAGAUCCAUAUAAAGAUGCAUGA